CAUGCGCAGUUACCAUAGUUUCCUAUCACACGACAGAUGCUUAUAGCCUAGCGUUAACGAUUAGCUACUUAGGACGUAAUUUGUUUAAACGCAUGUAUAUAGUCACAUAAUACUAUGCCUCAUUCGUAAACGUAUAUUAUCAGUUAUUUGGAUUUGUAUCUCGGAGUACAUUUUGGAGAUUUAUUAAGCGGUAGACAUGGCAAAUUUGUCCGGUUAUGCUGUGCGUAUGGCUCGCCUUAGUGCCCGCAUCUUUGGUGACGUAGUGCGGCCUACAGACACCAAAUCCAUGAAGGUGGUACAGCUGUUCAAAGAGCCUUCUUUGGCACAGAGGAAAGAGGUGUAUGAUUGGUACCCUCAGCACAAGAUCUACUAUUCCAUGACGCAGAGACUCAGAUUCCUGGGCCUCUUCAGAGACGAGCACCAGGAUUUUAAGGAGGAGAUGCGGCGUCUGAGGAAGCUGCGUGGAAAAGGAAAGCCCAAAAAAGGAGAAGGAAAGCGAGCCAUGAAGAAAAAGUAGGCAGGAAGAUGCCUUGUAUAAGGGCCACGUUUCAGGAAUCUUGAAGAAUUCUUGCAUAUUUCAGAGGACGUUUAUGUGCUUGGGUGUUGAAACUGUCCCAUUCUGCUGCUACAGAGUGAUGCAAAUCCUCAGCAUGCCAUGGAGAAAAUUCAAGUUACCUGCUUGAGUGUGACUCAUUUUGCUGUGGAUUAAAAUAUUCAUUUUGAUAGAA